UGGGUCCUCUGCCAGAGCUGAAUCUUGAUUUUGUAAGGAAUAGCCUACAUUUACCCACUUUAACAUACCACUUGAAAUGGGGGGAAAACUCAGUUACUCCAGUGUUAUGAGUAUGACAGUGGGAGUAUAGCACGCGCGAGAAGCUCAAACCGCUCGUGCCAGUUUGAUCCAAUCGAAGUCGGAGCUGGAGGCAGCUAGUGCGCGAGGCCGUGCUGUGGUUCGCUCUCUAUUGUCGUCUUCACUCAGCUGACCUUGUCAUAAGAUGCAACACACAUUGCUGUGAGCCACAAUUUCUGCUCUAUCCACGCACUGAGAUACACGGAACUAUCCUGGAAGCGAAGUAACUGAAAAUGAUGUCCUCGUACUACCACCCAGGCAAGGAGGCGGACAUGGCGGCCAUGACGGAACCGCUGUGCCUGGAACGAGAUGUGAGCAGGGUGAUCGAGCUGCUGGACCGGCUGCAGCGGAGCGGUGAACUGCCUCCACCCAAACUGCAGGCCCUGCAGAGAGUCCUGCAAAGCAAAUUCUGUGCUGCUAUCAGAGAGGUGUAUGAGCAGCUGUAUGACACACUGGACAUUGUUGGAGGCCCAGAGGUGCGAGCACAGGCAACAGCCAAGGCCACAGUAGCAGCCUUUGCAGCCAGUGAAGGCCACGCCCACCCAAGGGUAGUGGAGCUGCCCAAGACAGAAGAGGGCCUCGGCUUCAACAUCAUGGGGGGUAAAGAGCAGAACUCCCCCAUCUACAUCUCCAGAGUGAUCCCUGGGGGCGUGGCCGACCGCCAAGGGGGGCUGAAGCGAGGGGACCAACUGCUGUCAGUCAAUGGAGUGAGCGUUGAGGGGGAGCACCAUGAGAAAGCUGUGGAGCUGCUGAAGGCCGCCCAGGGUUCAGUCAAACUGGUGGUCCGCUACACCCCCAAGGUCCUUGAGGAAAUGGAAGCUCGCUUUGAGAAGAUGAGGAGUGCUCGGAGACGACAACAGCACACCAGCUACUCGUCUCUGGAGUCCAGGGGCUAGCUGAUCCAGCCUUCAGCAUCUGAUUCAUCCACCCUCCUGUCUGCUCCAGUGGGAGGAGGGAUCAUAGACGAAAAGGAACAAACCAAAGUAGCCUCCAGCUGUUAGCUGAACUUCUUAAGGAAGCUGAAGUCCUCCCCCUCUGCAGACCCCCCCCCCCCCCCCUUCGUGGCUCCCCAAUUACCUCCUAGAGAAAUGCAGAGUGAGCUUGUUGUCAGAGCAUGCCUGUAACUUCCCCUCCCCAGUGUGAGAUCUUCAACAGCAUCUAUUUUAUAAGGGUGACAGAUUGAGUGUGUGUUUUCACUUGUGCAUUGUCAUGUGAUAAACUGCUCUCCUCCUCAGCUGUGUCCUCUGUGUGCAGUGCUGGACCUCAGUAGCAAGGGAAACACCUACAGCCUUCAUCAUCAUGUCUUCGUCACAUGACCCCAGUUAGAGGGCUAAUCAUAAACAGUAUGUUGAACACCACUGAUCAGUGGCUGUGUCACAAUAGUCUUUAGUUUUCAGACUUUUUAAAAAGAACUGAUUUAUUUGUUUAUUUGCAUUAUUUAUUCAUGAAAUAAAGUCAAAGUGUAAAGUGA